AAUGUUUUUCCAUAGUAACGGCUAGUUUUGGUGUCAAGGCAAAGAGGAGCUGAGCUUCUUCACUCACCAGCUCCCAUUAGCUUCCCUCACACAAUUGACCGUUGCAGCCAUUACUUAUUCAAAACCCUAACCCCCAAAUUCCCUCUCUCUCUCUCUUCCGCCAUUAACACACCUCGCAGAAAAGCCUUCGCACCGGAGGCAUUUUCUACGAGCUAAUUAUCGCGAGACUAUCAUCAAUUUUCAGCUUCAUACAAUUUGUAAAAGUAAAAUAUGGAUACCGCUCAGAGGAGAAAGAGUGGCCUUAAUCUACCGGCGUCGAUGUCGGAGACGUCUCUGCGGCUGCAGACGCUGUCCUCCGCCUCCCCGAUCAAGCUGUCGUCGCCGCUGAAAUCGAUGUCUCCGAGGACUAUCUCGAAUCUGUCGGCGUCCUCGUCGCCGUCGAAGUCUACGUCUGCUUGCAGCGACAGGUUCAUCCCCUGCCGCUCUUCGUCGAGGCUGCACACGUUCGGUCUAAUCGAGAAGGCGUCGCCGGUGAAGGAGGGAGGCGGCGGCGGCGGGAGCGAGGCGUACAAUAGGUUGUUGAAAACUGAGCUAUUCGGGGCUGAUUUCGGGUCUUGUGAUUUUGGUGCAGGUGGUGUGAAAGGGGGGUCGCCGAUGAGUCCGAGCAAGAAUAUGUUGAGGUUCAAGACGGAGCAGCACUCUUCCGGGCCUAAUUCGCCGUUUUCGCCGUCGAUUUUGGGGCAGGAUAGUGUGAGCUCUGGAGAGGCCGCGACGCCGCCCAAGCCGCCGAGGAAGGUGCCCAAAACGCCUCACAAGGUACUAGAUGCACCAUCGCUUCAAGAUGACUUCUAUCUGAACUUGGUUGACUGGUCGUCUCAGAAUGUUCUUGCUGUGGGAUUGGGAACUUGUGUUUAUUUAUGGAGUGCUUCCAAUAGUAAAGUUACAAAGUUGUGUGACUUGGGACCCAACGACAGUGUCUGCUCGGUCCAAUGGACUCGAGAGGGCUCGUACAUAUCAGUCGGAACAAGUCUCGGUCAGGUUCAGGUUUGGGACGGAACUCAGUGCAAGCGUCUCAGAACAAUGUCCGGACAUCAAACGAGAGCAGGAGUAUUGGCAUGGAGUUCGCGGAUAUUAUCCUCUGGAAGCAGAGACAGAAACAUACUUCAGCACGAUCUUCGUGUUCCAAGUGAUUAUAUCAGCAAGCUUAUCGGACACAAAUCCGAGGUAUGCGGAUUGAAGUGGUCCCAUGAUGACCGAGAGCUUGCAUCUGGUGGGAACGACAACCAGUUACUGGUGUGGAAUCAGCACUCCAAGCAGCCGAUCUUGAGACUCACGGAGCAUACAGCUGCCGUCAAAGCCAUUACCUGGUCACCUCACCAAAACGGUCUUCUAGCUUCCGGAGGAGGAACUGCUGAUCGUUGCAUCCGUUUCUGGAACACCACGAGUGGCAAUCAACUAAAUAGUGUCGACACUGGAAGCCAGGUUUGUAAUUUAGCCUGGAGCAAGAAUGUCAAUGAAAUAGUUAGCACGCACGGAUACUCCCAGAAUCAAAUAAUGGUGUGGAAGUAUCCAACUAUGUCAAAGGUGGCAACGCUAACCGGGCAUAGUUUGCGGGUAUUGUACCUGGCAAUGUCUCCUGAUGGGCAGACGAUUGUGACCGGAGCAGGAGACGAGACACUCAGAUUCUGGAACGUCUUUCCAUCCGUCAAAACGCCGGCACCAGUGAAGGACACUGGCCUUUGGUCUUUAGGAAGAACUCAAAUCAGAUGAUGAUGUGAUUAUGAAAAGCAUCAUGUAAAUUUAUGAAUACAUAUACACAAAGGGAAGGACCAAUUUUUGUAUUCUUUUUAUUUAUUUUAUGUUGAAUUGUAAAGUGUCUCCCCCUUUUUCACCCCAACUUGUGCAGGAUUAGUAAGUUUUGAAUGUAUUCUUUCAUUCAUACGAUA